UAUUCUCCAUUUCUCUCUCUCUCUAUAAAGCCAGUAAGUUCCUCCAGCCCACCAUUUUCCUCUCCCACCUUUUUCACUAUGACUGAUCCCCACUCAAAUCUGUAUGCUCAAUGGCUGUUCAAAUACAACCCUCUCCACCAUUUCCCCACCUCCAAUCCUCCCCACCACCCCUUCCUCCACAGCUACGCCGCCGCCAACAACCACCAUUAUCAAACCCCUCCCCCCUCCCCUCCACUGCGCGAGGCCCUCCCCCUCCUCUCCAGAUACGAAGAGCAGUCCUGCUCCGGCAUGGAUCUCGAAAACAUCAACAAACCUUCCAAAACCAUCCAAAUUCCCUCCUCCUCAUCAGCUCAAGAAGACGACGAUGAUGAUAAUGGUGUCACCGUCGCGCUGCACAUAGGCUUGCCAAACCCUAGCGCCGCUGAUCUCGCGUCGGUGAUGGUGUCAUCGGACAACGGCGGCGACAAGGAGGAGGCCGCCGAUCUGGCGGCCGAGUACCCCAUCACCAGGCUCAACAAGGGGCAGUAUUGGAUUCCCACUCCCUCGCAGAUUCUCAUUGGCCCAACGCAGUUUUCAUGCCCAGUUUGCUGCAAAACCUUCAACAGAUACAACAACAUGCAGAUGCACAUGUGGGGCCACGGCUCUCAAUACCGGCGGGGGCCGGAGUCCCUGCGCGGCACGCAGCCGACGGGGAUGCUCCGCCUGCCGUGCUACUGCUGCGCCCCCGCCUGCCGCAACAAUAUCGACCACCCGCGCGCCAAGCCCUUGAAGGAUUUCCGAACCCUCCAAACGCACUACAAGCGCAAGCACGGCAUCAAGCCCUUCAUGUGCCGGAAAUGCGGCAAGGCCUUCGCCGUCAGGGGCGAUUGGCGCACUCACGAGAAGAACUGCGGCAAGCUCUGGUACUGCAUUUGCGGCUCCGAUUUCAAGCACAAGAGGUCCCUCAAGGACCACAUCAAGGCCUUCGGCACCGGCCACGGCGCCUACGGCGUCGACGGCUUCGAGGAAGAAGACGAGCCCGCUUCAGAGGUUGAGCAGGAUGAGGACUGAAUCAACAAAUUCCUAGGGUUUUUUUUUUUUUUUUUGAUAUGUGUUGGGACUUAAAUUUUUAUGAUCGAUCGGUUUACACCAGCUAAGCUUAUGAAAUAUGAUGUAAAUCCUUAAUUUUUUUUUUCCGGCCAUGUUAUAACUGCUAGCUAAUACCUAAAACAAAAAAAGCUUUUGAUGAUCA